UUGUCACAGACUGUUCCUCGACCAGUCUACGCAUCUGGCCAGGCGUCGGAGUGUCUCUCCGUGCCAGCAUCUUUAACAUCGUCUUCAGGUCCCGCAGGUUCGGCAACAUCCUCUUCUUCCUCCUCCUCCGCCCCCUCUUCUACUUCUUCCUCCUCUUCUUCUUCUUUUUCUUCUUCUUCCUUUUCGUCUUCUUCGUCCUCUUCGUCUUCUUCUUCCUACCUCUCGUCGGGACUUGAACCCGAUGAGCUGUCGCCCACCGCCAAUCGCACCCUUCCCCUCUCCCCGGUGCCCCGGUGGUCCCCUUUUCAGCCAGUCCCCAAUGCAGAUGCCGCCUGGCCGCGUCUUGCGUCGUCAUCGCAACCGGCCGGCCUGCAGGCCUCCUUCCUGCAACAGGUCGGCUCGAGCUUGGCCAAACUGGCCGGCGGUCAGACUGGCCAGGUCUCGAGUGAGGCCUUCACGGCGUCGGGAUUCGGAGUGGACACGGAGGAGGAGACUGGCCUGGGAGGCCUGGAGACGAGUGUGACCCCGUUGCCGGGUUGUACCACAGCCGCCGUGUUGGUGGCUGCAGCCAUGGCUGCCACCAAGCUCUGCACCAUGUCGCCAAUUUCACCGGUCAUUUUGUCACAUCUCUUGGCCAAUUGUCUUGUUCCGACGCCUCCAAGCCGAGUCCCUGUCGAGGAUCCCUUCGUUCCUUCUCCUCCUCCUCUUCCUGUUCCUCUUCCUCUUCCUCCUUCGUCCCCUCCUCCUCUUCAUUCGACCUCGGGCCUCGGCAUCCUCUCGAGCAACGAGUCGUCCUUCUUGGACUGGCCGACUGCACCUCUCGCCGGCGUCUGUCGGCCGGACAAGACUUCGGACUCGAACAAGGCUCAAUCAGGCCGGCGGUCUGCCGUGGCGCUGUUCAAGUGCAGUCCCAAUUGUUCCGCUCAACCGGCCAGUGACGGCGCUCAUGCCGCCGCGGCACCCAUUUCGGCCGACCGGCAUCGAGCCCCGUCCGACUGGCCGGUGCCGCAGUGUCGAGUUGAAGACGUCUGCUUCGGAGGGCUCGCCAAGUCGAACCUCCAGCCGGAGGAGCUGAGCUUUGCGGGGGUUCGAACCACGCUUCCCUUCCACUUGGCGCCAACAAUGCGGCCAUCGCUGUCCGCCUCGUCGGCUCGGCCGGAUCGUCCGACCGGAUUCCAUCGUGUCUCUUCCGACCACGACACACGCGGCCACACUUGGUCCUCCCUGUUGCCCCCGCCCAAUGAGGUACCAUUUCAUCCGCUUCUCGCCUCCAACCAGCCCGUGCCUCUGCCCACUCCGCCCUCCUCCUCAGCCUCGUCGCAUCCUUCACUCUCGUCCUAUGGCGCGCUCAAUUCGCAUCUCCCUUUCUCCGGCGGCCUCUUCCCGACAACCCCAUUUUUCCCCCCGAUCCUGCCACUUUCGCCCUUUCCCUCGGCGGCCCCGCCGGCCGGCCUCAACUGGCCCAUGCAUCUGCUCGCUCCGGUCGCCUCGAGCCCCACGACCGUUGGCUACCCCAUCGGUCUCUUCAACAGCCUCCCAGCCUCGGCCGGAUCUCUCUCAGACCCGGCGCCACUGCCAUUCUCGCCCAAUCUGCCCCACUUCGCCACCAGCCUCCUUCCCUCCACACCCUCCACACCCUCCACACUGACCACGCCGACCCAAUCAGCGUCAAUCUUCCCACCGGGUGUCAGGCUUCUGUCAGCCUCGCACCCGCUCGUCCGAGCCCCGUUUCCACCGGACGUGGGCCUCGAACCGCUCGAGCCGACCUCGGCCAAAGACAGCCGAUCCCGAUCACGUGGCUGUCGUCCCGAGGCCGAGGUCGAGACCGAGGUGGAGACCGAGACCGAGACCGAAACCGAAACCGAAACCGAAACCGAGACCGGUGGGUACAACGUGGCCACGCUGAGGGUGGAAGACUUUCUCAGCGCCGCCAUCAACUGUCGAGACGACGACCAGUCGACGACGGUCGGUCGGAGUCGGACGCUGCGUCCAGAGCUCGGCGGUGCGUCGCAAUGUCGGCCCAGCCUGCGCUUGUUGUGGGCCCGACUGCUCGGCGUCGACGCCGUCUCGCCGGCGAAGCCGACAGACGCGCGGAUGGACGCAGUGAACGGUGGACUGGCAGACGCCUCGGAGCAAAAGCAACUGAUCGCCGUCUCGAGGAUACGCGGUUGCCGGGAGAAAGAGGAGAGAAGAGAG